UGAUUAGCGGUAGUUUUGACAAACUUCGUUACACUACGAGAUCCUACUUAAAACCAGCAAAAUGCCGUUUAUGCAAAGGAGAGUGUACAAAAUGGACAAAAUGCAGAAGGCAGAAGAAAGAAUCAAGUCUAAUCCCUGGGAUAUCGAGGCAUGGAGUGUUUUGUUGCGUGAUGCUCAAAGUAAGAAGAUUGACGAUGCAAGGGAAAUUUUUGAACGUAUUGUUACCCAGUUCCCGGUAGCUGGUCAGUAUUGGAAGAUUUACAUUAAUCAAGAGAUGAAAGCUAAAAAUUAUGAAAGAGUCGAAAAAUUAUUUCAGCGUUGUCUAGUUAAGAUAUUAAACAUUGACUUAUGGAAAAUAUACUUGCAGUAUAUUAAGGAAACUAAAGGAAAGCAUCAAUCUUUUAAGUAAGGGAUAUACUUAGACCGUUUUUCACUUUAGAGAGAAAAUGGCACAAGCAUACGAUUUUACUCUGGAUAAAAUGGGCUUAGAUCUUAAUUCUUAUUCAAUAUGGGCAGACUACAUAUCCUUUCUUCGUUCAACUCAAGUUCAAGGUUCAUAUGCAGAAAGUCAAAAAAUAACUGCAACUAGACGUGUGUACCAACGUGCAAUUGUUACUCCUAUGCUUGGUAUCGAAACUAUUUGGCGUGAUUAUUGCAUGUAUGAAAACUCAAUUAAUCCUCUUAUCGCGAAAAAGUUUACCGAGGAACGUAGUCGGGACUAUAUGAACGCACGUCGUGUAGCUAAAGAAUAUGAAGUUAUUACAAAAGGACUGUCCAGGACUAUGCCGUCAGUGCCACCCCAAAAUACACCGUAUGAAGCUAAACAGGUCGAACUAUGGAAGAAGUAUAUUCAAUGGGAAAAAGAUAAUCCAUUGAAAACAGAAGAUAUCAUCACAGUCACAAAAAGAGUAAUGUUUGCCUAUGAACAAUGUCUUUUAUGUCUUGGACAUCAUCCAGAUAUAUGGUAUGAAGCUGCUAGCUACUUGGAUCAUGCAAGCAAAAUUUUGGUUGAAAAGGGAGAUCAAACAACAGCUAGACAAUUUGCCAACGAUACAGCGGCAAUGUAUGAACGAGCUAUUGCUUUACUCAAAACAAAUAUGAUGUUAUAUUUUGCUUAUGCCGAUUAUGAAGAAGGCCGAUGUAAGUAUGCAAAAGUUCAUUCUAUCUACAAGAAGUUAGUUUCAUUGGAGAAUAUUGAUCCGACACUACCUUAUAUACAAUAUAUGCGAUUCGCCAGGAGAGCUGAAGGCAUAAUGUCUGCUAGAUAUGUGUUUAAACUAGCUCGUGAUGAUUCGCGCAUUACUUAUCAUGUUUACUGUAGUGCUGCAUUAAUGGAAUAUUUUUGUAGUAAAGAUAAAACUAUUGGACAUAAAAUAUUUGAGUUAGGCAUGAAACGUUUCGGUGGUAUUGCGGAAUAUGUAUUGUGCUAUGUUGAUUUUAUGGCACAUUUAAAUGAGGAUAAUAAUAUACGAGUGUUAUUUGAACGAGCUUUAGGAUCAAAUCAAAUUACACAAGAACGUGCACGUCUUAUAUGGGCUAGAUUUUUGCAAUUUGAAUCACAGGUUGGUGAUUUGGCUAGUAUUCUGAAAGUGGAAAAACGACGUUUACAAGCAUUGGAUGGUUCGAAAGAAUUUUCAAGAUUAGAAACCGCACUUCUGAUUGAUAGAUAUCGUUUCCUAGAUUUAUUACCAUGUACAGAUUCAGAGCUUAGAUCUUUGGGUUAUCGAGAACUGACUCGCUUUCAGCUGGCUGGAAUUGGCAAAGGGUAUGAUGAUAUGUUGUGCGGUGUGAUCUCUUCCCAUGGAGCUGCUGGGGUCUCUUUAGGAUCCACACUAUCUGGUGUCUCUGGUAGUAGUGCAGGCGUAGUCGUAGGUGAUGCUCUUGGCUCAACAAUCAAUGGAACUGACCCAAGGCCAACUUAUCCGCAGCCUGAUGUCAGUCAGAUGUUACCAUUUAAACCGAAAGCUUAUCCACGUACUGGGAGUCACCCAGUAGCUGGUGGUGAAUUCCCACCACCACCGGCUGCUUCCUCUUUACUGAAACUUAUUCCACCGCCACAAUGUUUUCACGGUCCAUUUGUUGAUGUAGAUAAAUUUUUGGAACACUUCCUAGAAUUGGAAAUCCCUGAUGAUUAUAUGGAAGUUGUUGCAGGUGAAUCUGAAGAAUUAGCUACAAGUAUUGACUCUGGUACAGCUUUAUCCAUUGAAUUGGCUAGUACAGCGACUUCCGCUGCCCCACUUUUAUUGGCUGCUCGUAAACGUCGACAGCAAAUAGCUUUAGAUAGUUUAGCUGGACAUGGUAACCGUGCUUCUGUGGCUAAUCAAUCUAAAUUGCGUAAACGAACAAAUCUAAAUGCCUUUGGCGACUCUGAAGAUGAAGAAGAAGAGGAUGAUGACGAUGAUGAUGAUGAUGAAGAUGAACGCGCAGCUGCCUUAUUAGGGGGUCAGAUUCUUGGCUCUGGGUCAGAGUUAAGAAAUCCUUUGUCGGCUGCUACUCUUGGCUGUAAUGUACCUAUGGAUUUAUAUAGGUUACGGCAAAUGCAAAGAGCUAAGUAACGUAUUUUUAACGUUUUCUUCCUUUGAAGGGAUUCCAUUUGUAUAAAGUUUGUAUUCUCUUUAAAAUAUUGAUAAGUUUUUGUAAUUCGAUCAAUAAAUGUUUUUUUUAUUUA